AUGGCUAAUUGGACAGUAGAUCAAGUUAGUACUUGGUUACAAACCAACGAUUUUGAGAAAUACAUUCAAAAUUUUAAAGAUAACGAUAUUGAUGGUGCAGCUAUGAGAGGUUUAGAAGAUGAUGAUAUUUUAAAAUUAUUAUCGAUAUUAAAUCAAGAUGGAACGAUUAAAAAUCCUACAAAGAGAACACAACGUGAAUUUAAAAGAAUAUUAGAAGAGUAUCAAGAAGUAGUCAAAGAAGAAAAAAAGAGGAAGAGACGAAACAAUUCAAAAACACGCAGAGAACCUGAUAGAAAUUUAAAUAAUAAUGAAAAUAAUUUAUUAUCUGUACUUUUAAAAAAAACAGUUCCCAUACCCAAUGAUCCUGAAACAUAUUCCACAAUUUACAUCGUUGAUUCAAAGAAUAUUAGUUCAAAAUUUUUCAAAAACCAAUCUAUUUGCUCCGUGCUAACAAAAUAUAUUCUAAAUAAAUACAACGUACAAUGUCAUACACCAACGGCAAAUCAAUACGAAACCAAAGAUGCUUUAGAAAUAAAACUAUCAGGUAUAAAGGAUAACGUUAAAAAUGCUCGAAAUGAUCUUCAAUCAUUAUUCGAAACAAUUAGAACAAAAAUUUUCAAUCAUGAAGAGAUCGAUAAAAAAGUUAUGAGAUGGUCAAAACAUAUUUAUUCCGAUUCAGCUCUUGUUGUUUUACAGAAAAUAUUUUCUGAUAAGAAAAAAUUAACUGUUUGGGAAAAGACUAAUAUUUUAUCAGGAUAUUACAUAGUUCAUUAUGUUAGUGGAAAACAUAAACUCAGUGUUUCAGAAGACUUUAUUAAUCGAACAAUUAACAAUGAGAUAUCUUUCGUUCGAGAUAUAAUUAUACCUCAUGUAAAUAAUAUUCAACCGAACUUUCGAAAAGAAAUCGAGGAGUUUAUUAAUAAUAAAAAACAACAACAACGACAAUUUCAAACAAUGGCUAUUAUUCAUUAUCCAUAUUAUUCUCAAAUGGAAAUGAAAAUUAAUUUGUUUGGAUUAAGAAAUCAAGUUGAAAUUGCACGAAGACAAAUCAAACAAUUGAUUAAUAAACAUCAUCUGAGAACAACAAAAAUCGGACUUAAUUUAACACAACGUGAAUAUCUGUUAGACAAUUAUGUUCAUGAAUUGAAGAAAAUAGAAUUAGAUUACAAAAAUGAUAAUAUUAAAAUUCAAAUUCGUGAAGAUUCAAUUAUUGCACCACAGUAUUUAACUAUGAAAAUAAAACAAUUAAUUCAAUCCAUGAUUUCCAAUACCAGUACAUUAAACUUCCGGUAUAUAGAAAAUGCGAUUACAUUAACUGAAGAAAAUCAUUUACAAUUAAAAGUUCUUGCGCAAACUUAUAAUUGUGAACUUGAUCGAAUCGAUAUAAGCACAAGAGAAGAACCGAUCUUACUACCUAACGGAAAAAAUGUAUCGGCAUCAACAAAUAUCAUGAAUGAAUCAGAAGACUUUUACUCCUCAUUAUUCAUAUUCAGACAACUUUUCAUAGCAACGAAUACUAUUGAAAUUCAUAAAUCAGAUGAUGAAACAUUCGAUAUCAAUAUUAUAUCAACAAAUGAAGAUGCGAUCAAAGAAAAGAUCGAUUCACAAUAUGGAAAUGAUUAUUUUGAAUCAGAUACUGAAAUUUUCAAUCAAAUUGACACACUUGAUCCAGAUACUAUUAAAACGAUUGCAUUUUCUACAACUAAUUGGGAAAAAUAUAAUGAUAAUGUUAAACAAUUAGUCGAAGAAUUUUUAAAUGAAAUGAAAUAUCAACUUGAAACUGAGAAAUUCUCAAAUCGUUCUUGGAAAAUAUUCUUCAUUUUUCAUGAUGAACAAAAAGAUCUUUGCAAUGUGUUUUCUCAAACUAUUUUAGCAUUACAAAUGAAAAUGGAUGAUUAUGAACAAUUCUUUUAUCCAAUAUCGACGACUUCAAUAAUAUUGAAAACAUCUGGAAACUCGAAUGUCUUAAAAUGUGAAAAUGCAAUCCGUGAUUAUAUGAAAAAGAAUGUCCUGACAACAGUCAAAUUGCAUUGUCCAUUCAAUUCUGAACUAUGGAAUCAAUAUACGAUUAAUACAUAUUAUAAGUACUGUCUCAAAAAAUAUGUAUUACCUCAUUUUUAUCGAAUUGAUGAACAAGAAAAUCAACAACAACAAUAUUUGGAUUUAAUUGGACCAAUAUCUGCUGUUCAGAUAGUAAAACAAAAAUAUGAAAUGAUGUCAGAAAUUGAACGACAGAAAAGAUUAGUUCAUACACAACCACCUGAACCUAUUGAAAAAGUACAUUCAUCGCGAACUAAAGGAUCUAAGAAGGGUGCUGUGUCUUAUAAUAUUAUACUUAAUUGUUGUUCUAAUGAUCAAGAGCUAAUAGAACAUUUUUCUAAUCGUUUAAUUGAUGAAGGUUAUCAAGUAUUGAUUGAUUACAAUGAUAUUAUACAUUCGAAUAUCACAUCAGAAAUUAAUAAAACAGAUUUGAUUGUUGUUUGUUUUAGUUUUAAUUAUUCAGAAAACGGUAAUUGUAUGAGAAAUAUAGUCUCUAUUAAAAAAUCUACAAAAAAAUUUGUACCAAUAUUCUUAAUAACAAAUGCUUUAAAUGAACAAAAUAAUUGGCUUCAAAUAACAAAUACUCAAGAAUCAUUCUAUGAAAAAUUUGAAGAAGAAAUAAAAUUCAAAUUAGAUGAAAAUUUUGAUUUAAAUUAUGAUAAACUAUUGCUUGAAUUGCUUCGUUAUACCAAACCGGGAGCACUUGGUCAAACUUAUCCAAUAUCAAACAAUAUCGUGAACAAAGAAGAAAAACCAGAAGAAAAUACUAAUCAGAAAAACAGGAUUUCUGAUUUUACACCAGAACAAAUUCUUAAAAAAGAAUGUAUUUAUAAAGAAUAUAUUGAACAACUCUUAGAAAAAAAUAAAAUUCCAGAAAAUGAAUUAAUCGAUAUAAAUAAAUCGUUGACUCGUGUUCUUAAUUAUUAUAAUAGCAGAGAUCGUUCAGCAUCAGAAGAAGGAGAACAUGAAACAGAAGAAUCUAUUCAAGAUGUAAAUCAAGAUGAUGAAGAACAGGAACAAAAUCAGGACGAGAGUGAACAAGAAGAAAUAAAUAGUGUUAAUAUUUACGACAAUAACAUUUUACAUGAGUAUUUGCGUGCAUUUUUAUCAAGUCUACAAUGUUGGAUGGAUAAAGCAUUGAAUGGUCCUGUUAUCAAAGGUAAUCUACCACCAUUUACUGUAACUGGAGAUUUUAAUGAUGCUAUAUUUUCAACGUCUAUCAUUGAUAAAGCUCCAUGGUGGGAAGCAACUGCAAAUCUAUAUAAGUUUGAUCAUUCUUUGUCUCCAUUUGAGGUAAUUUCUCCAGAUCUAAUUAUUGGCUCGUGGUGUAAUUAUGAUGAAGCACAUCAUUUUUUUCAAAAAUUUAUUGAUAAAGAUAUUAAAUUUCGAGACGAAAGGCUGAAACAACGUUUCGAAGAGAAUGAACAUAAGGAUGAAGAAAAUCAAAGUUCAAAUGAGCAAGAAGCAGAACAAUCAACUAUUAAUUCACAUUCAUAUUUUAAAACAACUAUUAAAAAAGGCACUGUUGCUUGGGAUAUUACUGAAAAUAGACAAGUUUUAAAAGAAUAUGAACGCAGACAAAAUGGAGAAAAAAGAAGAAAAUUAGAUGGGAAUACUACUGGUUGGCAAUGUUUAAUGGAUCGAUCAGUUCAACUAAUAUCAGAUCUUAAAGAAGGUAAAAUUAAUAUGCAAUCAAACGAAAUACAAGGACGAAUUGGAAAUGAACUUAAAACAAGAGAAGCAAUACGAAGACGAAAUGAAUUAGAUGAUCCAAAUUAUAGAAAUUGGAAAGACAAAGGCUUUGAAUCAACCCGAAAAUUUAUUCGAUUGAAAAUUAGAAAUACAAUUAAAUGGCAAAAGUUUUGUGCUGAAUAUGAAAAUAACAAAUCAUUAAUAACAAAGUAA